AUGAUUAAUUCGGAAGUGCGAUCAUCACUUCCAUUGCAACUUACUUUAUACCUUAAUCGUCCAAUAUCAUGCAUUUUCGUUGCUGUUCUUUUACUUUUAUAUCUCUUCAAAGUAUCGGUACUACCAUAUGCGACAAAUGUCAAAAUUUGCGAAUUUUUGCUGAUCAUUCUUUUCAUUCCAAAUGAAAUGAUGCGUUUAUAUUGGGCUCGCAAAGGGAAUCUUACUGAAACGAGCGGCUAUUUAUCAUUUGCUCUUCUUCUCAAUGCACUUACUUUAAUGCUUUGUAUUUACUGGGCGCUAUUUCAAAGUUAUGUUUUAUUCAUCGAAUUUAUUGUUGUUUGUGUAGAAGCCUUUUUAGUAAUCAUUGAAACAUUAUUUGCAAUUAUUGCUGUUGCUAAUUUUUCAAGGUUUGUGAACUUU